AAAACUAUCGCGCCUCCAUUCCAUUCCCAAUUCAAGAUCUGUCACUCGAUUCAAUUUCCAAGCUUCCAGCGGCGCGCCUGCCCUAUUCUUCCCCCACACACUUCUUCUCCUCUUCUCCACGCACGCCGCGCCGCCGCGCCGUCUGCUGCUGCCCCGUCGUCUGCUGAUGCCCCGUCGUGUGCACCUCUAGCGUCGACCUCUCCGUCUGCCUCUCCGUCUGCUGCUGCCGUCGACGUCAGCCUCUCCAUCUGCUGCUGCCGUCAACGUCUGCCAGGCUCGUCGCACGUCGCCGGUCGCCCUCCGUCUGCUGCUGCCCCGUCGUGUGCACCACGCCGCCCUCUCCGUCUGCACCUUUGGCGUUGCCCUCUCCGUCUGCUGCCGCCCCGCCGUCUGCACCCGUCGCCCUCUCCGUCUGCACCUCUAGCGUCGCCCUCUCCGUCUGUUGCUGCCGUCGACAGCCUCUCCAUCUGCUGCUGCCGUCAACGUCUGCCAGGCUCGUCGCACGCCGCCGGUCGCCCUCCGUCUGAAUCAUAGACCUUGAAGAAGACGAAGAGUUUGGUUGCGCUUUGCACAUAGCGCGCCAGAGAAAAGAAAACGAGGGUGUCCACUAGGCCAUCUCUAGGGAAGUGAAUCACUUGGAAAGGAUUAUGAAUUUAAGGUCUCUAGCAGAAACAAAUCAGUGACAGAGAGUGGUAAAUUCAGAGGAAGUGAAUCACUUGAUAAGAGAGGUCAGAACGGUAAGAUGGGGCGUGCUGAUAAGCCAAAACAUGUUAGAGACAAUGGCUUAGGGAAUGUAAUAUCAAAGAUAAGUGAUAACAGGAAAGCUCCUUUGGCCACACAAAAGGAGUUGAAUCAGAGAAUAAAUGCAGUUGGUUCUGUCCGUCACAAUAGAAAGGAUCAGAGAAUGAAGGCCUUGGUUAAUGGUUCAGAUUUAACAGAGGCACCACCUAAGAAGAAAAAACGAGGUAUCCGGAUAGAUCCUUAUGAUACAUCAAACAAGAGAUUGGAUGAUAGCAUAUCUGAUCAAGGUAAUAAUCAGGGGAAGGUGGAUGAGACAGAAAGCAGUGGUUCUCAAAUGUCAAAGAAUGCGCAAUUUCGUGCUAUAUGUCCUAGCUCCUCCAUCCUUUCCUUUGUAGAAGACAAUUUAUUAGGACGUAGACGUGAAAUUGUAUUUAGGAGAGCUGGCUACGACAUUGAGCUUCCUGCUCCUUUAGACAACAUACCCUUCUCAACGACUCCAGAAAGAGAACGGAUCGAAGUACCAGCAUUUAGAAACAAAUUAGAAUUCUUUGCUGCUGCAAAGAUUUCCUCAUCAUUUCCCCCUCCUGAUCUUCCUGAGAUUGCAUUUGCAGGCCGGUCAAAUGUGGGAAAGUCAUCAUUGCUCAAUGCACUAACGAGGCAAUGGGGUGUUGUACGGACGUCAGACAAGCCGGGCCUCACACAGAGUAUCAAUUUUUUUAAGCUUGGACCGAAGCUAUGUAUGGUGGAUUUGCCUGGAUAUGGUUUUGCUUAUGCCAAAGAAGAGGUGAAAGAAGCAUGGGAGGAACUUGUAAAAGAGUAUGUCAUGACACGUGUUGGUCUAAAGCGGGUAUGCCUUCUUAUAGACACAAAAUGGGGUAUGAAGCCAAGGGAUUUUGAACUUAUUGAUCUGAUGGAAAGGUAUGAGACAAAGUAUCAAAUUGUUUUAACAAAAACUGAUUUGGUCUUUCCAAUUGAUGUGGCGCGACGAGCAAUGCAAAUUGAAGAGAACCUCAAAGCAAAGAAAUCUGCAGUUCAGCCUUUGAUGAUGAUAAGCUCGAAAACUGGGGCUGGUAUCCGAAGUUUAAGGACAGUACUAGCUAAUAUUGCCCGGUUUGUCCCACGCUAGAAGGCGCUUCUUGAGAGUUAUUCCAGUGAUGUGAUGCAUCCCAAUACUAAGGUCAUUGUGCAGUUGAUAUUGAAUAGAGAAAUCAAUGUGUAAUCGGAAACAUAUUUUAACACUGGCCAUCUCUGAAUCAAAAAUUGGAUAUUGGGUCUGUUUUUGGGAAUGUUUUUUCACUUUGUUAUCAAGGAUUGGAUAUUGUAUUUGUUUAUGAGUCUUUAAGAGGAUUUUUUUUUCUCUC